AUGUUCGGCUCUCAUGCUGCCAAUCGAGGUCCACAGACCUCUCUGGACCUCACACACGUUCUAUACGAUGAUGAUUCUCUGUUCUCACUCGCCUUGGCCUUGGUGACGCUGAGCCCAAUCUUGCUAAUGGCAGCAUAUGCAUCUUUAGCUGUACAGACGCGAGAGUUCUUGGUGAUAGUGAUGUGGGCUGGCCAAUUCGCGAACGAAGGCUUCAACUGGAUUUUGAAGCGGCUGUACAAAGAGGACAGGCCAGACGGCAGCUUAGGAAAUGGGUACGGUUUUCCCAGUAGCCAUAGCCAGUACAUGGGAUAUUUCUCGACGUUCCUCAUAUGUCAUCUCUACUUUCGCCAUCGUUUCGCAUCGACUGGAUCAUUAUUCCUUGAUCAAGCAUGGCGCAUCCUUGUGUAUAUUGCCGUAUCAGCGUGGGGGCUGUUGGUAGCUUAUUCCAGGUAUCACUUGCAAUAUCACACACCGUAUCAGAUCCUCUGGGGAUAUGGGAUUGGUGUAGUCUCUGGAGCUGUUUGUUAUGGAUGCUUUGAGCUUAUUCCUCGAAUUCGUCCAAACUCAUUUUUGGGACAGUUCAAGAUGUUUCUUGUAUCGAAUCCGGUUUCUACAUGGCUGCAGAUUCGAGAUGGGUGGACUAUUUGGUCUGAUGGAGGCCGUGAGGGCGAUUGGAAGAGGUGGAAGGCUGAGUGGGAUAAGCAGCGCAUAACUUCUCAUGACAAGCGGAGCCAAUAA